GACGCUCAAACGGAGACUAAAAAACACAGUCAUGGGGACUCAGAGCAACCCCUGGACCUCUGUUGUGCUUCUGCUGGCUCUAAUGCACAAGAUAGCAGCACUGUCCAACACCCAGGCCUGUAACUCGGCAGCUGGAGACUCUUUUCACAACUACGGUGCAAAAACCAUAAACGGGACGCAGUUCAUCCCGUUCUCUCAUUACGCUGGAAAACACGUCCUCGUGGUCAACGUGGCCACCUACUGAGGACUGACCUUCCAGUACGUGGAACUGAAUGCACUACACGAGGAGCUUCGCCAUCUGGGAUUCACCAUCCUCGGCUUUCCUUGCGACCAAUUCGGGAAACAAGAACCUGGAGAAAACAAUGAAAUUCUUUCUGCAUUGAAGUAUGUCCGUCCAGGAAAUGGAUUCGUUCCUAAUUUCCAGUUAUUUGAGAAGGGAGAUGUGAAUGGAGACGGAGAGCAGGCCCUUUUCACAUUCCUAAAGAACGCAUGUCCGCCUGUAGGAGAGAGUUUUGGGGCCACCAGCAACAGGCUGUUUUGGGAACCGCUGAAAGUCAAUGACAUCAAGUGGAACUUUGAGAAGUUUCUGCUGGAUCCAGAUGGCAGGCCUGUGAUGCGCUGGUUCCCCAGAGUCAACGUGUCUGAAGUCAGAGCAGACAUCCUCAAAUACUUCCAUCAGCUUCUGCAGACUGCACAGUAACUGGGAAACACUGCUUUCUGCUCAAAA